AGAUCCGUUUCCGGUCUUUCGGAGGCUGACGUUGUUUUCCGGUUGUCUGUGGCCCAGGGAGGCGUUUGGGGUGCUCACGGUGAGUCUGGGAGACGCAAGAGCGCUGGGGUCCCCGCUGACCCCGCCUGGCCGGCAGCGCGGUACACACUGCUGUGGCUUGGGCUCGCGGCUGCGGACCUGGCGGCGGGGCUGGAGUGUGGCGCCGCACAGGCUGCCUGGCUGGCAGUGUUUCCCAUGCUUGGGUCGAUUGCUCACUUUGCUUUUUUCCAAAGAUGAGGCUGCUGGCGGUUGUGGUGUUGGCUCUGUUAGCCGUCAGUCAAGCAGAAGAAGGAGCCAGGCUUUUGGCCUCCAAAUCAUUGCUCAACAGAUACGCUGUGGAAGGGAGGGACCUGACCCUGCAGUAUAACAUCUACAACGUCGGCUCCAGCGCUGCAUUAGAUGUGGAAUUAUCUGACGAUUCCUUCCCUCCAGAAGACUUCGGCAUUGUCUCCGGUAUGCUCAAUGUCAAAUGGGACCGGAUUGCCCCCGCUAGCAAUGUCUCCCACACAGUUGUCCUGCGUCCUCUCAAAGCUGGCUACUUCAACUUCACUUCUGCCACGAUUACUUACCUGGCCCAGGAGGAUGGACCUGUUGUGAUUGGCUCCACCAGCGCCCCUGGACAGGGAGGAAUCCUCGCUCAGCGGGAGUUUGACAGGAGAUUCUCCCCCCAUUUUCUGGACUGGGCAGCCUUUGGGGUCAUGACCUUGCCCUCCAUAGGCAUCCCCCUGCUCCUGUGGUAUUCCAGCAAGAGGAAGUACGAUACUCCCAAACCCAAGAAGAACUGAAUGCAGUUUCCUCGGCCCUUCUCUCCCAAGAAACCAGGUUUUUUCUAGACUCCAGAGGGUGUCAAAAGUGUUCUCUUGGCCCUUGGCCCGUGGCUAUUUUGUCCUGAAUCUUACCCCGAACUCAACCAGAAUGCGAGGGGCAGGCCUGGAAGUUGGAGAGGGCCUCCCCGUUGUCACUGAAGCCAUAUAGACAGGACAGCCCUUAGCCACAGCUUCAGGGCUUGAGGGUCCCACCAAGGUGCUGUUGGUAUAUUAUUAGCAAUGUGAACUCUUUGGGGUCCAGGAGGGGCCCUUUGGAUACUGUCUGACACCCCCAUCCCCUGGCAGCUCCUCUCAAGAGGGUAGAGGAUUAUGGGGGCUACACAGGCCCUGCCUGGAUUAGGGGCACUUACCAAAUGAAUUUUCUAAUAAAAACAAAUGCCAUACCGA